GGGAUACCGGUUUAAGUUGCGUAACAAGGCAGAAGGCGCGACCGAUCGACAAUUUUUAAACAAACCACAUCACCAAGUCAAACCAAGUCAAUAUUUGAAAACCUAUCGCCAUCAAAUCGAAUCGCAUCAUAUCGCAUCCCACCGCACAACCACCAACGACACUGUAUUUGAUUGACACACUCGAGCGCAUUUACAAUAGUCAUCUCGAUAAUACAAGACGACAUACUUUUCUAAUUAUUCCAUUGUGGAUUUAAUUGUCUUUAGUCUUUAAUAACUCCCUCAUCUAAUUGGUUUUUCUUUUUUUUAACCUCCAUCUACGGACAAUCCUUGGAACCUUCCCGCCUCUUACAAUCUGGCGCGCCUCAUAUCCUAGCUUCCUGCCCCCGCGUCAAUACUACCAUCACCAUUAUCGCGAUCGCUUAGAUUUACUUCAGUCUCAAGCUAUCACUGAUACUUAAAAAGUCUUAACAUCCCGAUUCAACUACGUUAUUUCGCGACUUUCCUUGCCUCUGGACAGUGCGGGACAUCGCCAACUUUAUCUUCAACUAACGUUAAGGAGCUAUCACCCCUCCCGCAUCCCCGCUUGGUCCGAAUACGCGACUAUUAUCCGAUUAUCUUUUAGUAAUGGGCAUCUAACAUAACAUGCCUGCCUCAUCAAAGCGAAGUCAGAGAACGCGCCGCCCUCGCGACGUUAGUCCGAGCCCAGCCCCGCUAGAACAGUCCUCGCCGUCGCGUCCAGCCAAGCGCAGACGGAAGGUCGAGGAACCUCAAUCGGAACCUAUUGAAGAUGAGGGCUCAAGCCUCACUGUCGACAAUUCGAACCCCGAGGGUUCCAGCGAUGAUGACCGACUGAUCACGCUGGUAACGCAACAUCUACGAAGCAUCCAUACCCAAGCCAGCCGAGACCACGCCAAUGCUAUACAUGAAUCUAAGACCGAGGAUAUAGAGGCAUACGCUAAAAUCUCUGCUCAAGACUGGACCUAUUAUAUUAGGUCCUUGUCUAUUAACAUUGGUAGAACAUCGGAGCCGUCCCAUACACGCCCUUCCGGGCAAGAUGAUGAGGAUAAGGACUUUGUCCACAUCGACCUCGGCCCCUCUAAAACAUUUUCGCGCCAGACAGCCAUUAUAUACUAUGACUCGGAUCCCGGCAAAUGGUACCUCUUGCCAAAAGGACGGAAUGGGCUUAAGGUUGACAAUGCCACUCUCAAGAAAACGGAUGACCCGCAUGCUCUGUCUAGUGGUGAAGUCAUCGAGAUUGGCGGCAUCGAGAUGAUGUUCGUCUUGCCAGGAAGCCUUGCCCCUCUUCGUAUCCAUCCCAUGUACCUUGAACAGGCCGGGAUUAAACAACAGCAAUCGAGUCCUGCUCGUGAAGCUGGCAGGACAGCUUUACCAACAGCGCCUUCAGCGGACCACCCGUCGUCUCAGUCUACGGCAAGACCUUCUUCCUCUCGGAGCCAGCUCUAUCAACAACCAAUAGCACCCGCACCUCCUGAUUAUAGGCGACCAGGAACUCCCCCUUCGGCCAAGACCCGCCCCACCGCUGCACAGCAGAAAACGCCUGCGCAAGGGUCUUCCGGAACUGUGAUAAUGAGCCAGAGCGACGUGGACCUAAGCAAAGACGAAAAUAAGCAUAUUAAACCUCAUUUCAGUUAUGCUCAGAUGAUAACCCAGGCUAUCAUGAGUACUGCUGAGGAGAAGUUGAACCUGGCCGGUAUCUAUCAGUACAUUACGACUAACUAUGCUUAUUAUCGACAUCAACCGCCUUCUGGUUGGCAGAACUCCAUUAGACAUAACCUAUCAUUAAACAAAUCGUUUAUGAAAGCACCGCGAUCGACGGACGAGCCUGGAAAGGGGAUGAAAUGGGAAAUUGUUCCUGAGCAGCGCGAAGAUAUGAUCAGGGUCGCCUAUAAAGGUGGAAGAGGUGGACAUCGCGGUUCUUCCGCCCCCUCGUCCCCAAGUCAACCUAGCCAGCUCAGUUAUAUCACACAUGGACCUCGAGACGUUUCAACCAGGGAGCCCACAUCGGCACGAAAGCGUAAGGCUUCGCCAAUCGCCUCGCCGCCCCCGAAGUCGGCUAUGACUCUAUCUCAGGUGACGGUAACACCAGACCGUAAGUAUCUACCAACAGGUCCGGCGAGCUUCCAAGAUGGUAGCCCGCUUCCGCGACGCAAGCCUCUGGGCUCUGCGGACACCCUCCCUCAGUCACCGCCGACUUUGUCGUCUUCAUAUCUCCCGGACGAAAGCGCCUCUUUUGUUACUCCGGCGCCUCAUCGGGUUCAUCCACGACUUGCACCCCCUAGUACCGCUCAGAGACCAAGUCAGCACAUGCCGACGUCUUCUCCAGCCCCUUUUUGGAAGUACGCCGACAUCACUAGUACGCCUCUGAAAUCGUUGCAGUACGAUUUGAGUCCCUCGAAACCUGCGGCCCUACCAAACAGCAGCAGCCCUCCUGCUGCCCGCGAUAGAUCGCCUAUAGGUAGCCCGACUAGAUCGACCAGACCUACUCGAGCAGAGACACAGGAGAAGGUUGCCGUGGCAGAUGAGGAGGAAGAAGAAGGUGGUUUUGAUCUUACUAAGGGUUUCCAGAGCAUCGGUUCCUACCAUACCCCUGCCAACUGGAUGCUAUCCCGAACCAAUGGGAGUCGAACAUAACUGCGAUACCCCUUGGUAGUUAGACUUAAACAGUCCUUAACAAAUCCUAGUUCUCUAAAAGGAAAAACCAAAUUAUAUCCUGUAUUAUUGUUUUCUGCGCAUUUUGGUUAUUGCAUUUUGUGGUGGGUAUGGCGGAUGCAACACUGAUUUGUACGGCUAUCACCAUCAACAACGGAGUAAGGUUUUUUUUUCUUCCUGUUUUCUUAUCACCCCGGAUGUGCUUUCUUUCUAGGAACCUCUGAUAUCCAACAUCUGGCUGUCUGGUUCGAUCACGGACAGCAGUGAAUUAAGGGGACGAGGAAGAGAGCAUGUAACUUUCACGGCAUACGGCACCCAAAAAAAUUUCAACCCGGCGUUUCUCGGAAAAGGAUGGGGAGGGGAUGGAAAAGAAUCUUCGCAUCACUGCCGAGUGGAAGGGAAAAGGGAUGGGGAGGGAGCAGGAUAACAGAACACACAUCUGGCGGGAGGGCAAGGCGGAGUGGAAGUGUCUCCCACUCGGAACACAGGUGGUGCUGCGUGCGGGUUUAUGUUUGCUUCUUUCUUGUUCUUGUUCUUUCUUCUUCUUAUACGUUAUGCCAUGAUUCAUGAUCAUUCUCGUGUCCCCUUUUUUUCUUCUUCAAUGCUAGUCUUUGAAGAACCAGUCAUUUCGGGAAUGGUUCUUCGAUAAGGUAAUGAAUGAAUCUACGC